UAUAUACAUACAUAUAUAAGAUACACUGUAUGAAGGCUACACAAUAGGGACUGGCAUAUCCAAUGACUCACGGGUAGAGUUACAUAAUUCUUGAUAUUGUGGGAUUGGGAUUUAGAGUAUAGCCCUUUUUCAUGCUUCACACGUAUCUCCCAAUGACGUACAAUUCCCACUCAGGGCUCCAUCUCUCAUUUCUCAUCUCAGCAUUUUUCUCUCGUCCACUCUCUCACUCCUACUUUCAGCGCCUGUGCCGCUCGCGCCCACAGCUCGCCGAGCACUGUUACCUCGGCUCUCACAGACCAAGGUCGACUCUGAACGCGCUUAUCUACAGAGACAGGAAUAGUAGGUGCACUGCAGAAUGUUGCUGUUCUAGCUGUAGAGCAUGUUUAGGUUUAGGGAGGUGUGCAGUGCUAUGCAUGCGUUUAGCCUCAGUUUUAAAGGAUGUCUAAAGACCGGCUGCAGGGGGGAUGCAGAUGUUACUCACCACGGAAAAGCUGCUUAGCCAGUUGGAGAGGACAGCAAACUGCUGCUGCUACUGCUGCUGCUGCUGCACUGGACUGUGACUGUCUCUGACACCCUUACUGACUCUAGCUUCCCUUUGUCUCCUCUCUUCUGCUGAUAUUUGAAAGCCGAGUCCCAGUGCCACGAUGUCCUUGGCGUUCUGUGGGAAUGAGAACAACUCAGUGGCGUACAACGUGGACAGGGGGGUUCUAAACAAUGGCUGUUUCCUGGAUGCACUCAACGUGGUGCCACAUGUUUUUCUCCUCUUCAUCACCUUCCCCAUCCUUUUCAUUGGUUGGGGCAGCCAGAGUUCAAAGGUUCACAUCCACCACAGCACCUGGCUUCACUUUCCAGGGCACAAUCUUCGCUGGCUAUUCACCUUUGCCCUACUUUUCAUCCUGGUGUGUGAGAUUGCGGAGGGAAUCGUCUCCGAUGGGUUCAGCCAAUCUCUGCACCUUCACCUGUACAUGCCUUCAGCUCUGGCCUUCAUGGCCGGAAUCACUUCUAUUAUCUACUACCACAAUAUCGAGACCUCCAACUUUCCAAAACUACUAAUAGCCCUUCUAAUCUACUGGAGCCUGGCUUUCAUCAUGAAGACCAUUAAGUUUGCCAAGUACACAGAGCAUGGCAUUGGCCCCAGGCAACUACGCUACUGCAUCACUGGACUGUUGGUGCUGCUCUACGGACUGCUACUAGCUGUGGAGAUCAAUGUCAUCCUGGGCAGGCGCUACAUGUGUUUCGCCAACCCCACAGAGGUGAAACCACCAGAAGAUCUUCAGGACCUGGGAGUUCGAUUCCUGCAGCCCUUUGUUAACCUGUUGUCCAAAGCCACAUACUGGUGGAUGAACACGUUUAUCACCUCUGCCCACAGACGACCCAUCGAUCUCAAAGUCAUUGGCAAACUUCCUAUUGCCAUGAGAGCCCUUACAAACUACAUAAAGUUACGCCAGGCCUUCGAGGAGCAGAAGCGGCCUCAGGGUGCACCGCCCCAAGGUCCAAAGUGGAUCUGGCAGGCCCUGAGAAAAGCAUUUGGGAGACCGCUCAUCCUUAGCAUCACAUUUCGUUUUCUAGCCGACCUGCUGGGCUUUGCUGGUCCUCUCUGCAUCUCUGGAAUCGUACACCACAUCAGCAAAGACAAUCGCACAAUCCAGACACCGAUGAAGCUCCUCGGUAUCUAUUUCAUUUCUUCCAAGGAGUUUCUUGAGAACGCAUAUGUGCUGGCUGUGUUGCUCUUCUUGGCUCUUCUUCUCCAAAGGACUUUCCUUCAGGCGUCCUACUAUGUGGCAAUUGAAACUGGCAUCAACCUUCGUGGCGCCAUACAGACAAAAAUCUACAACAAGAUCAUGCGUCUGUGCACCUCCAACAUAUCUCUGGGCGAGUUGACCGUGGCACAGAUCUGCAACCUGGUUGCAAUCGAUACCAACCAGCUGAUGUGGUUCUUCUUUCUGUGUCCAAACCUGUGGGCCAUGCCGGUUCAGAUCAUUGUAGGCGUCAUCCUGCUCUACUACCUCUUGGGAAUCAGUGCCUUGAUUGGAGCGACCGUGAUUGCUGUAUUAGCACCAAUACAAUACUUUGUGGCUACAAAACUCUCCCAAGCACAGAAGAGCACUUUGGAAUACUCCAGUGAGCGUUUAAAAAAGACCAAUGAGCUGCUGCGGGGCAUCAAACUUCUCAAGCUUUACGCCUGGGAACGUAUUUUCUGUGACAGUGUGGAGGAGACCAGGAGCAAGGAGCUCACCAGCCUGCAGGCCUUUGCUCUUUACACAUCCAUAUCCAUUUUCAUGAAUGCAGCUAUUCCCAUUGCAGCAGUGUUGACGACAUUUGUGGUUCAUGUCCACAUCUCAGAGGAUGCUGACCUGUCUCCAGCUGUGGCCUUUGCUUCUCUGUCCCUUUUCCACAUCCUGGUCACUCCCCUCUUCCUGCUGUCCAGUGUGGUGCGCUCUACCGUCAAAGCUCUUGUUAGUGUACAGAAGCUCAGUGAGUUUUUCUCGAGUGAUGAGAUUGGAGACGAGCAGGAGCCCAGUGCUGUGUUACCAUCUGGUUCCAGUAAUCACAACCAGAAUAGAUACCAGGCUGUGUCAACCUCAAAUUCUGUCCCGUCCUCCUCCUCUCUGUCCCGGCACCUCCAGCCGCUGAAGGUGGUGAACCGAAAACAUCCUUCGAGGGACGAGUGGAACAACUACAGCUCCGAGGCGAAUCGUGAGGGUGACGGACCUUCACAGGACAUGGACCAGGACAUUUGUAUCAAGAUAACCAGUGGUUAUUUCACCUGGACCGAUGGACCGGCCACACUUUCCAACGUUGACAUAAGAAUUCCCUUUGGUAAACUCACUAUGAUUGUGGGUCAGGUGGGCUGUGGAAAAUCAUCCCUGUUGUUAGCAGCGUUGGGGGAGAUGCAGAGAGUGUCAGGAACAGUCACUUGGAACAGCCUACCAAGCCUGGAGUCUGAAAGAGAUGAAAGUCCUACAGACAGAGAUGUGGCCAUAGAUGGAGAUGUCAGAAAGAGAAGCCCUGUGGCCUACGCUUCCCAGAAGCCCUGGCUGUUAAACGUCACAGUUGUGGAGAACAUCACGUUCGAGAUGCCCAUGAUAAAACCAAGAUACAAAGCUGUGAUCGAUGCCUGCUCUCUUCAGGCUGACAUUGACAUCCUUCCAGAAGGAGACCAGACAGAGAUUGGAGAGCGGGGAAUCAUUCUGUCUGGUGGACAAAAACAGCGAAUCGGCGUGGCCAGAGCCAUGUACCAGCAGACCAACGUGAUUUUUCUUGAUGACCCCUUUUCUGCCUUGGACAUCCACCUCAGUGACCACCUGAUGCAGGACGGUAUAUUGAAGUUCCUGAGGGAGGAGAAGAGGACGGUGGUGUUGGUUACCCAUAAACUUCAGUAUUUACCUCACGCAGACUGGAUUAUUGCCAUGAAAGAUGGCACCAUCCAGACUGAAGGCACUUUGAAGGACAUCCAGAACAGUGAGCCAGAACUAUUUGAGCAGUGGAAAACCCUGAUGCACAGACAGGACCAGGAGUUUGAAAAGGAGACAGUUGCAGCAAGUAAUACAGAUCUGGAGAGAAAAAACCUUCGGAGGGCCAUGUACUCCAGAGAGGCUGCCAGGACGGAAGAGGACGAGGAAGAGGAAUCAUCUGAGAGUGAUGACGAUGACAACCUGUCACAGGUGAUGCGCCAGAGAGCCACCAUCCCCUGGCGUUCCUGUGGCACCUACUUGUCCUCCGCUGGUCUCCUCCUGCUCUCCCUGCUCCUCUUUUCACAGCUCCUCAAGCACACCUUUAUGGUGGCCAUCGACUACUGGCUGGCACACUGGACCUCACAUGUCAUAAAGGCCAAGAUAGACGCCCACGCUCGCAACUGUACCAUGGGUCAGGACUGUGGCCUGAGUCACUCCUGGUACCUGACGGUGUUCAGUGUGCUCUGCUGCCUGGGCAUCGUCCUGUGUCUUGCCACCUCUGUGGCCGUGGAGUGGACAGGACUCAAAGUGGCCAAAGAGCUCCACCACAACCUGCUCAACAAAAUCAUACUGGCACCCAUGAGACUCUUUGAGACGACUCCACUCGGCAGCAUCCUCAACAGGUUUUCUACAGACACUAACACCAUUGAUCAGCACAUCCCCUCCACCCUGGAAUGUCUGUCCCGUUCUACCCUGUUAUGUGUGUCCGCUCUGGGUGUCAUCUCCUACGUGACCCCUGUCUUUCUCUUCGCACUCCUGCCACUGGCCAUCGCCUGCUACUUCAUUCAGAAGUACUUCCGUGUGGCGUCCAGGGACCUGCAGCAGCUGGAGGACAGCACCCAGCUCCCUCUCCUGUCCCACUUCUCAGAGACAGUGGAAGGUCUCACCACCAUCAGGGCACUCAGGUACGAGCCCAGGUUCAGACAGAGGUUACUGCAGUUCACUGAUGCCAACAACAUCGCUUCUCUAUUCCUCACAGCAGCCAAUCGGUGGUUGGAGGUCCGGAUGGAGUAUAUUGGGGCCUGUGUGGUGCUGGUUGCAGCUGUUGCCUCCAUCACUAACUCGCUCUACAGUCACCUGUCUACCGGACUUGUUGGACUUGGACUGACGUAUGCUCUCAUGGUGUCAAACUACAUGAACUGGAUGGUUCGUAACCUGGCAGACAUGGAAGUCCAGCUUGGCUCAGUGAAGAGGAUUAACGGCCUGCUCAAAACUGAACCAGAGAAUUACGAGGGGCUGCUCACUGUUUCUCAAGUCCCUGACGGCUGGCCGCAGCAGGGCGAGAUCAAAAUUCAGAAUCUGAGCGUCCGAUACGAUACCACACUGAAACCAGUGUUAAAAAACGUCAAUGCACAAAUCAGUCCUGGACAGAAGGUGGGGAUCUGUGGGAGAACAGGCAGUGGUAAAUCGUCAUUCUCUCUGGCCUUCUUUCGCAUGGUAGACAUGUUUGAAGGAAGGAUUGUGAUCGACAACAUCGAUAUUGCCAAGCUGCCACUGCAGACCCUGCGUUCUCGCUUGUCCAUCAUCCUUCAAGAUCCCAUUUUGUUCAGUGGCACCAUCCGGUUUAACCUGGACCCAGAGAUGAAGGCCACAGAUGAAAUGCUAUGGGAGGCACUGGAAAUAGCUCAGCUAAAGCCUGUGGUGAAGUCACUUCCUGGAGGCCUGGGUGAGCAGAUCUGCUUUAUAGCAUCUCAUAAACACAACAAUAUUAUCGUAGGAGGUGAAUGUGUGACCUGAGGGAACAUACGUAAUCAUUUCUUGUUUUGUAUCACACUCACUUUCUUGUCCCCACGUUCACCUACUUGAAUGUCAGCUAACAAACAUGGAGCUGGUCUAUCAGAAUACAUAUUGUUAUCAUUCUGUUGCUGUUGCCUUUAUCAGGGAUGAGCAGUGAUUUGGCAGUUCUUACAGCUAAGUUGAGGGUUGAAAGAAGCUGGGGAUGUAUUGUGUGGUAGAAGAGGAACUUUAUAACAAGGGAACUCAUCCACCAAAUAGUGCCGUAUCAGAAUGCAUGGCCAUUCAUUUUUAAACUUCCGUCAGACCUGCUGACUGUGUUUGUAGUGUGUCUGUGUUGCAGCAGAACAGACAGUGCCUCAUCAACAGACCUAACAUAGACAGUCCCUGAGGAAUCACCACUAAUACAAUAUUAUGUUACAGUUUUCACUGCAAAUGGAUGAAUAGUCAGGAUGAAUAGUCAUACAGUUAAUUUUCACUUGAGCCAGGUGUUUACAACAGAGGUGUGGCUCAUUGUUGUAGGGACAUGUUCUUGUGGUUCUUGUCUUUUGAGGAUCAUCAGGACAUAUUUGUGUAGAGUGUUAAAGAGAGUCUGUGGCGGUUUGCGCUUUGACUUAAAGUAGUCAAAUUAGUGUUUUAUGUUUCCUUGUAGUGUAUUUAUGAAUUUUUUUCACACUAUUAUCAUAGGUGUCUAUUUGAAACAGCACUGCUCUGUGCUAUAUUUAACGUGGUAAAUAUGCACUCAGCACAGCCAAA